AUCUGCACAUCUGCAUGCCUGCGAGUCGGCGGCCCCCCCAAAGGACACACCGCCAAAAUGAAGAUCGACUUGGAGCUAAUCAAACGCAAGAGCGAGCACAACGAGGGGCUGCUGGAGGAGCUGGAGGAAGUAGCCCUGCACCAACUCCAAAUUAAAAAAAUUGAAUUCCUUAACACCCAUUGUAGAAACUUAAAAAUACUCUUGAUGCAAAAUAAUUUAAUUGAAAAAAUAGAGAACCUACAUCAGCUGAAGAAACUGGAGUACUUGAAUCUCGCCCUGAACAACAUCACUCUGGUGGAGAACCUGCACGGGUGCGAGUCGCUGCGCAAGCUGGAUUUGACUCUGAACUUUAUCGACUUAUCAAGCAUCGAAGCAUCUGUAACUAACUUGAAGAAGAAUGGUAACCUGAGAGAGCUGUACCUCAUGGGCAACCCCUGUGCGAAGUGGCAACACUUAAAGCUGUUCGUGAUUCUACACCUCGAGCAGCUGGAAGUUUUAGAUGGCUCGGACAUUCUCACAUCAGAUAGGAUAAUGGCUAGACAAAAAAGCGAAACCGUUAGGAACUCUUUACACGACGAACAGAAGAAACAAAAGGAACAGGGGAAUGGACACAGCGAGCACUAUGACAGUAUCAAUCAGAGAAAGGAGAUUUACGAAGAGAUAGAAAGGGAAGAAGUACAGAACGCACAGACGGAUGAGCGGAAGGAGAGGCCUCAUAGGGAUGUGCUACCCGUGUACACUGACGAGGGGGAUAUUCGCCAGUGCAACGAAGGGCACUACAAGUUCCUUUUCGACGAGUACUCCAGCAACAAGCAUACCUUUUUGAAGCUCUUCCUCCCCAAGUACCUGUGCAACUCACUUAUUCAGGUAGACGUUAAUGUAAACUACGUCCGAUGCGUAAUCAAAGAGAAGCUGUUCCAAGUCAAACUGAGCGAUGCCAUUUUAACAGACCUCACUAAAAUUUCGAGAAAAAAAUACACUGGGGAAUUGCACAUCAAAAUGACGAAGAAAAAUUAUAAAGGAAAUAAAAUUUUUGAAGGGGAUCCUAUCAGCGAGGGGGAUGAUGGUCCUCCCCCGGUCUGCCAUUCGUUGUCACCACCCCGUUCGCCUUCCGCCUCGCCUGCCUCUUCCGCCUCGUCUGCCUCUUCCGCCUCGUCCAGUUCUUCCGAAUCGUCUACUUCUUCCAAAUCGUCUACUUCUUCCACGUCAUCCUUCUUCAAAAAGGAGUACCCAAUUUAUGCCAACAGGCGGAGGCGCGCAGCCAAUUCUUCCUUGGCCCUGUCCAGCGAGGCGAAAGGUGAUUUCCUUCUGCAGGCGAAAGAAACGAAGUACUCCUCCUCCGUGAUGAAUGCCAUUCCUUCGCUGGAAAAAAUUCCAAAACGGAGUCUCACUAACAUGGAAAUGGCUCAGCAUCACAAAUGA